AUGGUCUCAGCGUUCCAAAUGCAGUCCUUCUACAGGGCGCCGUUAACGGUCGACACCACUCACGCUCAAAAGUUCUUCGAUGAGGAGGAUGCGAGCAUAUUAGACGAGAACAUUCUCGACCAGAACGGGCUUGACUCGGGCUUGGAGAUGUCGCCGCCGAUGGUAGAAAGCAGGAGAGAUUCCUUUGCGGUCUCGUCGGCACUCUUCUCACCAAAGACGGAGGAUUGGCAGUCUGUAGAGAUGCAGUCUGUCCCGUCAAACAACCCGUUCCUCGACCAACACAGCAACAACAACCCCUUCCUACGGAUGGAUCAGAACCAGCAGGCGGCAUAUCAAAGCCACACCUGGCCCAUGACCAGCUCUGGGUCCGUAACACCCCUACAGACAUUCGACGGGCUACCGGCCGAGUACGACAACGGCGUCUCGCUCUUCCACAGGCCAGUCACCAUUCAAGCCCAGACCCCCUUCAGCAACCCCAGCAACCAGGUCGCCAUGUUCCAGCAGCUCGGGCACUCGCAGUCAAUACCCACGUCACCGCAAAAGGACCACUGGAUGAGCCAGGAGCUGAAGAACCAGGCCAUGGCAAAGCGGCCCCGGCCUACGAGCCCCUUGAUCCGGUCGCACAACGACCUGCGCAGGGGUGACGGCAUCCGCAAAAAGAAUGCCCGCUUCGAUAUUCCGGCCGAGCGAAAUCUCAGCAACAUCGAUCACCUGAUCUCGCAGUCGACCGACGAACAGGAGAUCAAGGAGCUGAAGCAGCAAAAACGCCUUUUGCGCAACAGACAAGCAGCCCUUGACUCGAGACAACGCAAGAAGCAGCACACGGAGCGGCUCGAGGACGAGAAGAAGCAAUACAGCGAGGUCAUCACCAACUUGGAGGACACCAUCACCAAGCUCCAGGACGACAUGGAGCAGCUUCUCCGCGAGAAGCAGAACUACCAGGUCUACGUCGACGACCUGAAGAGGGAGCAGGAGGAGAUGAUUGGCAGGCACACCAUCGAAACGGGCGAGCUCCGUAAGAAGAUCAGCGUCCUGACCAACCACGUGCAGGCCCUUGAGGGUGCCGCCAUGACGACGCCGCCGACGGCUCAGAAUGCGUCUGGUUUCUCCAGCUCCUUCGGAGAGAUGGAGGGCAUUAUUGACGGCUCCUGGGAGAACAUGCACAUGUUUGGCGAGUAUCCCUUGGACCAAACUACCGAGGUCAAGCCGGAGAUGCAGAUCGUUCCCGCCAAGAAGCCCGAGGUUGCCUUGCCGGCCGAGUCCGAGAAGCCCGCCCAGCAGGGCGGCCUCUUGUUCAUGCUCUUCCUCGUCGGCGCCUUUGUGCUCUCGAGCCGAUCUACGCCGAGCAUCCCUCGCGUCUCGGAGGAUGUCCGCGCCGCGUCGGCCACUCUGCUGGAGAGCGUGCUCAAGGAUGCCGGCGUCCCCCAGGCCGCUCCCAGCAUGGACGCGAUGGCCCCACGGCCGUCGGGAAACAGCUGGACACAGUCUUCCGGGUCGUCGCUGCCCAUUGCCGCUCCGGUGAUGGAUAGCGUUGCCCCGUCAAUGCUUGGCGAUAUAGCCGACGCCCUAACCCAGCCGACGGAGCGCCAGACCAACGAGCAGCUCUUCUCGCUGUCGGCUGCGCAAUAUAACGGCUUGAGCUCGCAAGAUUUCCUGCAAAACGCUCCGGCCGAAAGGUCGACGAGCCAGGGCAGACGGAAUCUUGCCGAGGCUCUCGCUAACAUGCGCAGCUCGAACAAGCAGUCAGCUGCCGAGGUCUACACGCGCUCGCUGCUCUGGGACCAGAUCCCGGGCGACGUGGUGCGGAGCUUCGCCAAGAUGGUAGCCGAGUGCAGCACACAAGGGGCUGCUGGCGGCGACGACAACACGUAA